UAUGGAGUUCUUCAAAUAUUGUAGCCUGUUUACGGUCUCUGAGAAAUAACCAGCUAAAACCCAUAAUCUUUAAUACUUCCUAAACUUUGUUAAUAAGAGAAGCUCUAUUCCUGACACUACCUCUCAUCUGCAAGUUCAAAUUAUCAUUAAUUUUGUAGUCUAUUAACUGGGUUUGCUUAGGUCAGGCAUUAUUAUUAUUAAUCUUAUUGUUAAUAUUCUAACCAUAAGAAUUAAACUAUUAAUGGUGAAUAGAGUUUUUCACUUUAACAUAGACCUAUCCCACUGGUGGGAUAUGAGCCAAUUCCAAAGAAAAGUCAGUCAUGUGCUUUUCAGAGGAUGAAAGCUUAAGAUAAAGACUAAAAGUGUUUGAUGCUGGAGGUGGGAGUGGUAUUAUAUAGGUCUCAGCCAAGACAUGUGAUAAUCACUGUAGGAGUAGCUGGAAAGAGAAGUCUGUGACUCCAAUUAGCCAGUUUCAGCAGACCUUGUGAGGACUAGAGGAAGAAUGAUCCUGGCUGUUUUGUACUGCCUGCUGUGGAGUUUCCAGACCUCCGCUGGACAUUUCCCUCGAGCCUGUGUCUCCUCUAAGAACCUGAUGGAAAAGGAAUGCUGCCCACCAUGGAGUGGGGACGGGAGUCCCUGUGGCCAACUUUCAGGCAGAGGUUCCUGUCAGAAUAUCCUUCUGUCCAAUGCACCACUUGGGCCUCAAUUUCCCUUCACAGGGGUGGAUGACCGGGAGUCGUGGCCUUCCAUCUUUUAUAAUAGGACCUGCCAGUGCUCUGGCAACUUCAUGGGAUUCGACUGUGGAAACUGCAAGUUUGGCUUUUGGGGACCAAACUGCACAGACAGACGACUCUUGGUGAGAAGAAACAUCUUUGAUUUGAGUGCCACAGAGAAGGACAAAUUUUUUGCCUACCUCACUUUAGCAAAGCAUACCAUCAGCUCAGACUAUGUCAUCCCCAUAGGGACCUACGGCCAAAUGAAAAAUGGGUCAACACCCAUGUUUAGUGAUAUCAACAUUUAUGACCUCUUUGUCUGGAUCCAUUAUUAUGUGUCAAUGGAUGCACUGCUUGGGGGAUCUGAAAUCUGGAGAGACAUUGAUUUUGCCCAUGAAGCACCAGCUUUUCUGCCUUGGCAUAGACUCUUCUUGUUGCUGUGGGAACAAGAAAUCCAGAAGCUGACAGGAGAUGAAAACUUCACUAUUCCAUAUUGGGACUGGCGGGAUGCAGAAAAGUGUGACAUUUGCACAGAUGAGUACAUGGGAGGUCAGCACCCCACAAAUCCUAACCUACUCAGCCCAGCAUCAUUCUUCUCCUCUUGGCAGAUUAUCUGUAGCCGAUUGGAGGAGUACAACAGCCAUCAGUCUUUAUGCAAUGGAAUGCCCGAGGGACCUUUACAGCGCAAUCCUGGAAACCAUGACAAAUCCAGAACCCCAAGGCUCCCCUCUUCAGCUGACGUAGAAUUUUGCCUGAGUUUGACCCAGUAUGAAUCUGGUUCCAUGGAUAAAGCUGCCAAUUUCAGCUUUAGAAAUACACUGGAAGGAUUUGCUAGUCCACUUACUGGGAUAGCAGAUGCCUCUCAAAGCAGCAUGCACAAUGCCUUGCACAUCUAUAUGAAUGGAACAAUGUCCCAGGUCCAGGGAUCUGCCAACGAUCCCAUCUUCCUUCUUCACCAUGCAUUUGUUGACAGUAUUUUUGAGCAGUGGCUCCGAAGGCACCAUCCUCUUCAAGAAGUUUAUCCAGAAGCCAAUGCACCCAUUGGACAUAACCGGGAAUCCUACAUGGUUCCUUUUAUACCACUGUACAGAAACGGUGAUUUCUUUAUUUCAUCCAAAGAUCUGGGCUAUGACUAUAGCUACCUACAAGAUUCAGACUCAGACUCUUUUCAAGACUACAUUAAGUCCUAUCUGGAACAAGCCGGUCGGAUCUGGUCAUGGCUCCUUGGGGCGGCGAUGGUAGGAGCCGCCCUCACUGCCCUGCUGGCAGGGCUUGUGAGCUUGCUGUGUGGUCACAAGAGAAAGCAGCUUGCUGAAGAAAGGCAGCCACUCCUCAUGGAGAAAGAGGAUUACCACAACUUGUUGUAUCAGAGCCAUUUAUAAAAGGCUUAGGCAAUAGAGUAGGGUCAAAAGUUAGAGUGACCUCACUCUAACUCAAAGUAAUGUCCAGGUUCCCACAGAAUAUCUGCUGAUAUUUUUCUGUAAAGACCAUUUGCAAAAUUGCAACCUAAUACAAAGUGUACCCUUCUUCCAGCUCAGGUAGAACACGCCUGUCUUUGUCUUGCUGUUUUCACUCAGCCCUUUUAACAUUUUCCCCUAAGCCCACAUGUCUAAGGAAAGGAUGCUAUUUGGUAAUGAGGAACUGUUAUUUGUAUCUGAAUUAAAGUGCUCUUAUUUUACAAAAAGGAAAUAAUUUUGAUUUUUGCCUUCUGAUUAUUUAUAUAUAUGUUUUAUUGGUUCCUUUUUUAUUUUAAUAAAACAGUGACAAAUCUA